AUGAUGAUUGGCGAUGGCCGUCCCAAUUCUAAAAGAGAUGACAGUCUUCUCACAGUUGAGCUAGAAAAGCUCUCUCCAGACAAGGUAAUAGAUCUUUACCGCAAAUGCGACAGCAAGGGGUUUGUUGCCCAUCUCAAGUCUUAUUUAGUGGAUUUGCUGAAGAGAAGAGAAAACUUUCAAUCAGUUGUAGAUGUGUUUGUUUCUUCCCUGACAAGGCAAACGAUGGCGAGCAAAACUGCUGCGUUGCCUCCUUUGCUUUUGGAGCUAACGCCCAAAGAUAUUUUUAUCGCUUUGCUAGAGGUAAUGCCAGGUGCAGUGCACAGUCGCCUCGUGUCUCUCUAUUCGAAUUUGCAUUGCGCUGUCCCGGUCACUUACGUCCUUCGACGUUCUAGAGACGACGUCCGAACAGUCACCAACUUUCAGUCUCUUCAAGAUGUUCUCGCAGUUCCAAGUUAUCCACUUGUCCUAUCAUGUGGUACAGCGAGCGCUGUACGAAGAGGAAAGUCGACAUUGACGGGAAAGUUGGUAGGACAACUAGAGACUACGUCUUUGAGUUAUGAUUCGUUCGAUGUGUGUACCGCCGAAGGUUUUGGCGGCUUAUCUCAUUCCCCUUCUAUUGACCUUUUGCUUGAAGUCAAGUCGAACGUGACUGGCGGUCUCAACUUUGCCGAUGUUCACGGUUUUACGAAUGAGAAACAGUUUUGUUAUGCUUUGUCCACUCUGUGCUCUGUGGCAGCACUAGUAUUUGUUCACGUGACCGCUAAUGACUUUGGUCCUGGCGGUUCUCUUGGUGACAGUUUGCGAUCAUUUUUACUGGACAGUUGUAAUCUUCACUGCAGCAACGCAGAGAUUGUCAUGUUUGUUCGUGAUGUUCCCAGUAGUGCCAAAAUGUCUGAUACCUUUCCCCGAUCGUCAUCAAUUGGUCGCUCGUUAGGAGAUAUAUUUUCUAAUAGAAUAGCAGAUGUUGUGCCUGUCGAAGAUCUUGCCAAAUGUCGCACUGAAGGGCAGCGCCAAGUGAUUGUCAUAUCUAUUAGAGAUCUAAUGCUACCGAUUUUUCGUAAACUCAAACAACGAUUACCUUGCACGGAAGAUAUCCAAAGGUGUUUUGCUUCCUGGCACACUGAACAAGUUCAGAACUUCGGAUCUUACAGAAGAACGUCUCAUGGGCAAUUAGAAGGAUAUUCUUCUUUAGGCAAAGAAACGUUUGAGGCUCUCGACGCAAGUAAUCCCCACAAGAGCAAGCUUGCUAACCGCCUAUUUCCUCUAACAACAAUCUACGCUUCUAUGGCUAAAAGCGAUCAACGGCGAAAAGAACUUUAUAAAAUUGCAAUGAAAGGCAAGAAACAGGAGAUUAUCGUAGAACUAGCAAAAUUAGAAGAAAAGAUGAAAAAGUUAGAAAAUCAACGGCAAACGACUUCCAAGAUAUCUCGACCGGUCGAGCUAUUUAUUAGUCUUGUUUCAGACAAAAGGCGCCAUCAGUUGGCAGAAUUUCAACAUUACGUAGAACUGUGGAAAGCGCAGUAUAUCGAUCCUCUCUUUAACGAAAGACGAAAUCUAAUGGAACAACUGGAAUCAAGUAGACGCACGAAUCAAUCGGAAAGUGAACUAAAAGACAUCGAAAGUAACCUGAAAAAAGUUUCCUCUCGCAUUGACCAAUUUGAUAUAUCGAUAGACUCCUUCUGGAGUGAGUUGAUGGAACUUUGUGCUUUACUAGAAGAUGAUACAAAAACAAACCAUCAUUUGAGCAGACUUCGUGUAGAUCCACAGCUAAUUAAGCAAAUUUAUACGCAAUGUGUAUUGGAAGGUUAUCCUAUGCAAUUACUUCGUGGGAAUCCGUUACAGAUGACUGCAAACAAGUUUAUGCGAGAUAUAAUGAAACAGCUAGGAGUCGACUUGAAGAACAGAAGUAACUUGCUUGUUGUAUCAGUUAUAGGCGCCCAGAGUUCUGCCAAAUCUACAUUGCUCAAUUACUUGUUUGGAUGUGGUUUUGCCACAAGGGCGGGAAGAUGCACGAAAGGCCUGUAUGCUUCAUUCGUACGCAUAUCGGACGGAAGAUAUCUUUUAGUUCUCGAUUCGGAAGGUCUCUUGUCUUUGGAAGGAGGUGGUCACGUGUUUGACGGUCAAAUUACGGUGAUGGCUAUGGCUUGUUCAGAUGCCGUUAUAGUGAACCAUAAGGGAGAAAUUUCUUCUCAAAUGAAAGAAUUGUUAGAAGUUUGUUUAUACGCAAUGGAUUAUCUGAAGUUGGCCGACAUACGAACGGAAAUGAUGUUCGUUUUGCGAGACCAGAGAGACCGUAAUACUAAAGUUCAAAGCGAUUCUCUAACACUGAUGAGGAAGCUACUUAGAGAAGCCAUGGGAAGUGGUCAGAAAGACCUUGAUGAUCUCGUGUCUUUGAGGCAAGACGCUAUAUUUCUUCUUCCAAGUGCAUUUUCUGAAGCUAAACGCGAAGGGCGGACUGUGGAAUCACCGUCUGCUGUUUUUUCCGAUGAGGCAUUUUCUUUACGCAGAAAGAUCCUGCAGUCCACGCUUGGCGAUCGUUUAACGCUAAAGCCGCUUGACGACAGUGACCCUCUAAUAAACUGGUAUACUAACGCUGGUAUAGUAUGGGAUACACUUACUAAGUACGGUCACACAUUAUUGCAUUACAAAGCUCUUUAUGAAUUGCGCCUUCAUAAAGAGAUCAAUGAAAUCGUCGCAUCUCUUGUUAAAGAAGCUGAAAACAAGUUCAAUGAGCAGGCAGGAGCUGUUGUGAAGAAACACACAGAACAAUUGCAAACGGCGAAAGACGAAAAUUGUGUCCGGAAGUAUGAUUUAGCCUGUCGGGCUGAGCUAAAAACUUUGAAGAAAACAAUGCAAGACAAAUUGUUUGGGGACUUUGAGGAAAGCACUCAAGCAGAGAAGUACAACGAGGACUUAAAAAAGGAAUUUCGUAAUAAACUAACAACUCCACUUUCCUCCUCUUAUGACAUUCACAUGUACUCAUGGGUGAGACAGUUGCAGUUAGCUAACGACAGACUCAAUAUAGAGGCUUUUGAUAGAAGCUUUUACGAUCAACUUGACGAAAAGUUGAAACGUAGUGAAUAUCGAUCGUCAAUGUCCGGGUCUGAAGCAGCAAUGGUCUUUGACGAACUGUGGAAGCAGCAUGAAAACGAGCACAAAAAGCGUUUACUAGCAACAAGAAAGAAAGAUUUUGACGUUCAGUUGGAUGUUGUGACGACAUUUAGAGACGUUCUAACAAGACACCGACAUAACGAACUGCUGCACAUUGUCAAUCUUGAGUUUAGUUCAUCUGUAUUGUCAACAUCAAUAGAUUUUGUUACCAACAGCGACGAGACAUGGUUUGAGAAAUAUUUUAAAACUAGUUAUUCUUAUGUCCAGAAGGCAAUCAGAUAUUUGUCCUCGACGACAGACAAAGGCUCAGCUAAAUGUCUCGCCGCAGUGCACGAGCUGAGGAGAAAAGCGCAAAAUGUACAAGGGAGAUUCAUGAAAAAGAUUGAGUCACAAGAAGGGAAAUGCGAUACAGCUGUUGUUACAGAUAUUGUUCUUUUGGCCACAGAUGAGGUUCUGAAGAUGGAGUCCGCUUUGCAAGCGUCUGAAAGACUGAAGCUACGGCGAGCUCCAUUUAUUAACGAUCUUAUCGUUCAUUUGCAACAAGUAGCAUAUAGUAUAGUUUGCUCUGCUGAAAAUAAUCGCAUUUUAGAACAAGAAGCAGAGCUCGAACGAAAGAGAGCAAAAAAGAAAGAAACCUUUAUUGCCACGGCAAGUAACGAGGCUGACGAUAUAAAACGCGCUGCAGCGUUUGCCGACGAGUACAAUGAACAACUCAAGUCAUGGGUACAAAGCAAAGUGCAUGAAUUUGCAUCAGAAGUUCGUGACCAAGUUUUUCAACAAAUGCAGGAUCCCGAGAAGGCAGCAGAACGAGCAUACCAUAGCUCCUUUAAAAGAGGGAAGUAUGACGAGGUGUUGGAGUAUUGCAUUGAUGUAAACGCGUAUCUGAAAAAAUUAUUCAUGCAAAUGUUUGAAACCUACAAACAGUCGGCAAUUGACGAAAACGAGUACAGACUAAGAGACAGCAUUUCAGAAAUGUACAAGAUGCUAGAAAGUGCUGCGGAACUUUGGCAACGAAGCUGUCUAACAACGGAUGGUCAUCUUGACGACUUCAAAAAUCAUUUGGCAAAGCGUACGGAAGACCCAUCUGAGAAGACUAGUAGAAACUUGCUAAUGGUUGCAUCAGUCAGAUUUCCACAAAUGACCAACUUUUCUAUUGCAAGAAUCGAGUCGUUUUGUGGACGGUUUAAGAGUAGCAUGCGUGAUCUGCUAACUGAAGUACUCAAGAAUUUGCAAACAAUAGUAACCGCUAGCAUGAGUGACGAAUGUUCACAAGUUUGGGCAAAAAUAAAAGGAUGUCGAGCUAAGUGUCCAAUCUGUGGUUCAAAAUGCUCACUCGUCAACGAGCACCAAGAUCAUUAUUGUUCUCAUCAUAUUCUUCCCGCUUUUCACGGUACCCAUUUGCGCAAUUUGCAACACCCAGUAUUCGACAUGUGUCUUAGCACAAGCAUUGCAGAGCGUUCGUGGGUUAGAGGUGACGAUCCACCACUGCCAUGCCUUGCAGACUAUCUUGAUCAUUACGAGGAUUACCGCCCGUGGAAGAAGUCAAUUGUUCCUGAUCCAACUUUAGUACACGAACCACAAGAACAGAUUCAAGCAUGGGCUGUCUGUAGAAAACCUCUUUUAAAAUAUUGGCAUUUGGUAGACAAAACUCCAGAGGAUUGGUUGAGCUUUGAGGGAAAGAAACCGCUGGAGGAAGACGAAUGUGAUAAAGCAGAAGCUAGACUGAAGGAGUACCGAGACAUUUAGCUAGCAACGUUCCAGGGACAAUUGCUGAGGACAUGAUCGCGUGGUAUGCAGUAUAGUUGAUGCAGCGAUCGAUUAUUAAUUAAAACUUGUACGCUUGCUUUGUUAGUCACGUGUUUUUAGUGAUGCUCUUUUAUUUCUUAUCUUCGAUGUUGCUGAAGCAUUGUAUGCUUUUAGUUGCAGUUGCUAUUAUAUUAGAUGAUGAUAUUAUUACUCGAGAGUUUGAAUUCAAGACACAC